AUGGCGGGCUUCCGCUUCCGCAGGCGAGGAGCGGGUCCUCAGGACCAUCACGAUAGUGACAGUUCCGUCACCCAGACUGACACCCAGUACACCGAGCACGGCCAGAACUACAGCAAAGUUGCCGUGAAGCAGGCGACCAAGACGAGGCGCAACGCCAUCAUAUUUGCCUGCUUCUGCUAUCUCAUGACUCUCGUCUUCCUCAUUGUGGUCGAGGUCGGCAACACGCCUGGCAGCGGUCCGCGGCAAAAUAUCUACUUCUUCAAGCUCGAUCUCGCCGACAUCAUUGCUCAGUCUCUACCUCAGGGCUUGAUCCUGACGAACUCUAUCGCUCGCACACUGGGCUUGCACGACUUCUACCAGGUUGGCCUGUGGAACUUCUGCGAAGGCUAUCUCGAUGAAGGCAUAACAUAUUGUUCCCAGCCACAGGCAAUGUACUGGUUCAACCCUGUCCAGAUCCUCCUGUCGGAGCUCUUCGCGGGCGCUUCCAUCGCCCUACCCAGCGAGGUCAACAACAUCCUCGACAUCCUGCAGAUCGCCUCGCACGUCAUGUUCGGCUGUUUCCUGGCGGCACUAUGCUUGUCAUUCGUGCUCAUCAUCGCCAGUCCCAUCGUGCUGCGCUCGCGCCUUUGGUCCGGCGUGCUCUCUGUCUUCGCCUUUCUCAACAGCCUGCUCAUCAUCGUUGGGUCCGCGGUCGGCACAGCGAUGGGACUUAUCGCGCAAUAUGCGCUCUCCUCCCAGCCAGAACUUAACGUCAAGUGUGAGCUCGGCAUCACAAUGUACGUCCUGAUGUGGAUCGCGGCCGGCUUCUCCGUGCUUGCAUUCUUCGUGCACGCGGGCAUGUGCUGCUGCUGCACCUCCCGUCGGGACAUCCGUACGGGCCGGCGCAACAUUGUUGGUGCUGGCAGGAAAGAGGGUGCAGCUGGUGGCGGCGGCGUGGCACACGAUUAUACCGAGCGUGGCGGCGCCACCAAUGGACGUAGCGAAGGCGUGGUCGACGAAGAGAAGACGCACGGAUACAGCCUGCCCAAGUUCACCAAGAUGAGGCGCAAGCCGACGGUGCGCAGCUGA